AUGGUGCUGCUGAAGUUUUCAAGAUGUCGUCGCUGGAGCAGAGACUCUCCCGAAUCGAGGAGAAACUCAAGCAGGAAAAUAAAGAAGCCCGUAAACGAAUCGACCUGAACAUCGACAUGAGCCCGCAGCGGACGCGUCCGAGGCCAAUCAUCGUGAUCCAGCUCAGUCCAGCUCCAGCCCCCUCCCAGCGCGCAGCCCUACAGUUACCAUUGGCCAACGAUGGAGGAAGUCGCUCGUCCUCCUCAGAAAGCUCUCCUCAACACCCCUCGUACCCUAGCAGACCCCGACAAAUGCUUACGCUUCCCACCCCAACCUACAGCCUACAGAAGAGCCUGGAGAAUGCUGAAAUUGACCAGAAGCUGCAGGAAAUCAUGAAACAAACUGGAUAUCUGAAGAUUGACGGACAGCGUUACCCUGCAGAGGUGACGGAUCUGAUCAGUGAGGGGGAGAUCGGCAGUGGAACCUGUGGACAGGUGUUUAAAGUUCGCUUUAAGAAGACUGGCCAUGUUAUCGCAGUUAAGCAAAUGAGGAGGACAGGUAAUAAAGAUGAGAAUAAGAGAAUCCUCAUGGAUCUAGAUGUUGUGUUGAAGAGUCAUGACUGUCCGUACAUCAUUCAGUGCUAUGGAGCAAUCGUCACCAAUACGGAUGUGUUCAUUGCCAUGGAACUAAUGGGGACGUGUGCAGAGAAGCUGAAGAAGCGGAUCCAGGGGCCCAUACCAGAGGCCAUUCUGGGAAAGAUGACCGUGGCCAUUGUAAAGGCUCUGCUUUAUCUAAAAGAGAAACAUGGUGUCAUUCACCGAGAUGUGAAGCCAUCUAAUAUCCUGUUGGAUGCCAAAGGGCAGAUCAAACUCUGUGAUUUUGGCAUUAGUGGCCGACUGGUAGAUUCUAAGGCCAAAACUCGCAGCGCCGGCUGUGCUGCAUACAUGGCGCCUGAGAGAAUAGACCCUCCAGACCCCAGUAAGCCAGACUAUGACAUCAGAGCUGACGUCUGGAGUCUUGGCAUUUCUCUGGUGGAGCUAGCCACGGGACAGUUUCCUUACAAGAACUGCAAGACAGACUUUGAGGUUCUCACCAAAGUUCUGCAAGAGGACCCACCGGUCCUUCCUCUCAGCAUGGGCUUUUCCCCUGACUUUCAGUCCUUCGUCAAAGACUGCCUCACAAAGGAUCACAGAAAAAGGCCAAAAUACCACAAGCUGCUUGAACACAGUUUUAUCCGUCGUUAUGAAGUGUCAGAAGUAGAUGUGGCGGGCUGGUUCCAGACGGUGAUGGAGCGCACAGAGUCUCCUCGCAGCAGCCAGUGCUUCAGCCAUCACCAGCUCCACUCUCUUUUCAGCAGGUAGCCAGGCGGGGAUCGAGAGAAACGGAGGGAUGUCGUGAGAGAAAGAAUUAUGCCGAUUUUGAGAGGUUGAUUUAGAGACACAGAUGGACAGGUUUGAAAUAUAAAUGAUGUAAACGAAAAAGACAGGAUGGAGUGGAAAUAGACCGUUUGAGAGAGAGAAAUGGCUGAAACAAAGAGAGAAUGUUAAUUUGGGAGUUUGACUGAUCGACAGACAAUCCUGGGCAGGUUUGAUGUAAAUCUGAAAUUUUUUUUUUCCUUCUCAUCCACCCAUCGAACAGGAUGGACCAUUGCAGUUUAACACAGUCACUGUGGCACACACAUACAUUUACAGUAACACACUGCUUCACUAAAUCACGAUCACUGACUGCCAUAUAAAGGUUAGCCACAAGAGUAAGCGUACAAUCCGUUCACUUCAAAAUCCAAAUCCACAUGUCAUGAAAUCCUCCGUAGCCCCUUACUCAGGGACUGAACAGAGUAGUCGAACAACACUGUGCAAUGGUGUGUGUGUGUGUUAUCCGUUUAUCAGUCCUAGCUCUUCACUUUCCUGUAUGGUUUAAGUACACUUAGCCAUUAGGCAAAUCUAAGCAAAUAGAAAUUAGUGAGAUAAUAGUGGUGUGAUAUAUCAAAAACUGUUUUAUAGAAGUGUUCUUUUGCUGGCAAGCAUCAGCAGAUAUUUCAGUAACAUGUACUUAAAGAGUUAGUGAUUCUUAGUCGUAGAAUUUCUAAUCCUUGGUGUUUAGCUUGCUAUAACUAGUUUGGUCUAGAAUUUUUAUGUAUUGAAAAUAUAUAUAUUGGCUAAGAGAGAAGGUUGUAUAUUAAGAUAAAACUAGUGGUUGACCGAUAAGAUGAAAUGUCUAUCCCAAUUUAAUAUGCAGAGACAACUAUAAAUUACCAAUUUUUGUUUGCUUGAGAAGCCUGACUCAGAGACAUUGGUUAAACCAAUGGUGUAAAUUUGGGGCGGGACUAUCUGCUUUGUCUGACCAAUGGCAAACGGGGGAAAUGUUCUGGAAAAUCUGUUUGAAAAUGUUAUUAUAACGUUUAUAAGUAACGUUGGUGUUUGUGUAAUUCUGUUAUGCUAGUCAUUCAGAAAUUACACACUUCACUUUCAUUGGCCGAUGACGAUAUCUCGAAACACUUCUGUUCAUCAGGCAAUGGUGAUAAUCUCAAAAUGGCCAAAUAUUGGACUAUGUAUCGGUCUAUCACUAGAUAAAACACAAAAAAAUUAGCCCAGAAUGUGUAGUCAUACACAGUGCACACCUCAGGAAGACAAGUGUUAGAAAUGGGUAUUUUAACAAGAUUUAGCUGUGUUUCAGUCUUAGAGUGUGCAAUCAAGUCACCAAAAGCAUAGAUGAGAGAUGUUGUCAUAGU